AUGGCUAGGAAUAGCAACUUAUUCCACACAGUACUAAUUUUCAUUUCACUUAGCUUUGUGUUAACACAAUCAGCUCCUGAAAGUGCACUGCUCACACAGAUUCCUGGUUUCAAUGGUACUCUUCCUUCCAAACACUAUGCUGGAGGAUCCAGUAGUUCUGUGGNGUAUGUGACAAUUGAUGAAAGUCAUGGGAAGAAAUUGUAUUACUACUUUGUUGUUUCUGAAAGAAAUUCAACAGAGGAUCCAGUAGUUCUGUGGCUCAAUGGUGGACCAGGAUGCUCGAGCUUCGAUGGGUUUGUCUAUGAACACGGUAUUGAUUUCGUUCUUUACAACCCAGAUUUUUGNGGCUCAAUGGUGGACCAGGAUGCUCGAGCUUCGAUGGGUUUGUCUAUGAACACGGUGUUGAUUUCGUUCUUUACAACCCACAUUUUCGCGUUUGGAAUUUAUGUGCCCACUCUGGCCUAUGAAGUAGUUAAAGGAAUUGAUUCUGGCACAAAUCCCAUUCUCAACUUCAAGGGAUACAUGGUGGGCAAUGGAGUUGCAGAUGAUGAGUUUGAUGGCAAUGCUCUCAUUCCAUUUGCACAUGGGAUGGGUCUUAUCUCAGAUGAACUAUUUGAGGAAGUCACUUCAGUAUGUCAAGGAAACUAUUAUAAUCCAACAAGCUAUAAUUGUGAAAGCGUGCUUUUCAAAGUUGAUGAAGACAUUGAUGGUUUAAACAUGUACGACAUUCUGGAACCUUGCUAUCAUGGCACAGAAUUGAGUGAGAUUACGACUGGCAACACGAGGUUGCCAUUGAGCUUCAGGAAAUUAGGUGAGACUGAAAGGCCUCUUCCUGUGAGAAAAAGAAUGUUUGGCCGUGCAUGGCCUUUUAGAGCUCCCAUCAGAGAAGGAAUUGUCCCAACUUGGCCACAGCUUCUCAACGUUAACAGUGUCCCAUGCACUGAUGAUGAAGUUGCAACUUCAUGGCUGAACAAUGAAGUAGUUCGGAAAGCAAUAAAUGCUGAAACAGAAAGUGUGGCGGGCACUUGGGAGCUAUGCACGGACAGAAUUUUAUUUAGGCAUGAUGCUGGAAGCAUGAUCAAGUAUCACAAAAACCUCACCUCCCGAGGAUUUCACGCGCUUAUAUACAGGUCAAUUCGCAUCUAUUAUUUCUGCUCCUUAUUUCUUGCCAGUCUAUUUUAAUUGUUAUCCAAAACUCUACGAGGUUGUUGCUCUCUACAACGGUAGAAGCUCAGACCACAAACUGCAAGAAUCUGGGUUUGAGUUUAAUUGGAACCACUAGCGUGCAUCUAAUGCUAUUG